UUUUAUUUUUUUGUCAGAUAUUGUAUUUAAAUGUGGUUAAAUAAAACUGACUUUAAAAAAUAAACUAAAUUUUAAAAAAUUUGUCAAAACAAAUGGCAAUUAUUAUUAGUGGCAAUAUUCUGAUCAACUCUUUACUUUUACUAGCAUUAUUCUAUUAUACAUUCAGUGAUAUUACGGUACCGGGAGAAAACGACGCAUUUUGGUAUGACAAGGCCUACAAAAGUAUUCGGCGAGCAGAAGAAGUACGAGGGAGACGAUGCGGAAGAUCCGAGUUAAGGCAGAAGGCCAUGGCUAAAAAUGUAAUAUUAUUUUUAGGAGACGGUAUGGGCAUGUCUACCUUAGCCGCUUCUCGCAUAUUGAAAGGCCAAAGGAUGAAUAAAACUGGAGAAGAGACUUACUUGAUAUGGGAAAAUUUUCCCAACGUCGCCUUUUCCAGGACUUACAGCACUGAUCAUCAAGUAUCAGAUUCGGCUGGAACCGCUACUGCUAUACUCUGUGGGGUUAAAACAAAGAUGAGCGUCAUAGGCAUAAAUGACUCUUGCACGGUUAAACAAUGUGAUUCGAUUGAGCGGUCGAGAAUUACAUGUUUAUCGGAUUGGUUCAUAAGUCAAGGGAAAUCUGUGGGAUUUGUAACUAAUACCCGUAUAACUCAUGCCACCCCCAGCGCACUCUACGCCAAAUCCGCCGAUAGGCACUUAGAAGGGGAGAAAGAUUUUGCUACUUAUAAAGUUAAUAGGACGCAGGAGAUGAUAGAAAAACAGUCUUGUAUGGACAUUGCUUGGCAAUUGGUAAAUAGGUUCCCAGGGAAUGCUUUAAAGGUAAUAAUGGGAGGCGGCUGGAGCAAAUUCUUACUCGAGAACCAAACGAUAAACGACAAUUAUGAUUUAAGUAAUAAAGCCGGACAAAGAGGAAUGAUGAGCGGAGAUAAUUUUGGAGGCGAUGUUAGUAGACCGGGAGGAAAUAUUUAUGACAAAUCGCCACCCCACUUAACAGGUAAUACAUGCCACGGCUGCGAUGAAAUUGAAAAAAAGCUUAUAGUAGAUAAAUCGGGAAGGAAAAAAAGAUCCAUUUUCAAGUCUGCUAUAGAGUAUAAGAGAAAAAUGGAGGUCGGAGAAAGGAAGGAUACCAAUUUGAUAAACGAUUGGAUCAAUUUGAGGAAAUCUAAUGGUAACAAGUAUAAAUAUGUGGCUGAUAAAUAUCAACUGAAUGCCGUUUCCCCCCAGGAAACCGAUUAUUUGAUGGGCUUAUUCGCCCGUGACCAUUUAGGUUUCGAGUUAAAGAGAGCACCAGAAAAUAGAGACGAGCAACCCACGUUAGAAGAGAUGGUGAUGAAAGCAAUGGACAUAUUAGAAAAUGAUCCCAAGGGUUACUUUUUACUGGUAGAAGGAGGCAUGAUAGAUUUCGCGCAUCAUGAAGGCAAAGCUAGAUUAGCGUUGGAGGAAACCAUUUUGCUAGAUGCCGUGGUAGAGAAAGUUCACGCCAGAAUAACUAAAAGGGGUAGAAAUGUCCCUGAUGAUACACUUCUCAUUGUUACCGCUGACCAUUCUCACGUGUUCAAUUUUGGAGGUUAUCCUCUCAGAGGAAACCCCAUAUUCAGAUUUAACAAGGAAUUUCCUCAAAAGCCUUACGAUGUGUCUGAUGUUGAUAAUUUACCUUACACUUCUAUUGUUUAUGGUAAUGGUCCAGGCGGGGUUGACCCCAAAAAGAGGCAACAUAGAGAAGACUUAACGAAUGUGGAUACAGCUAAUCCAGAUUACGUAGCUCAAGCAGCUGUUCCCUUGAUAAGAGAAACACAUGGGGGUGAAGAUGUCCCUAUAUAUGCUAUUGGUCCUGGAAGCCACUUGGUCUAUGGGGUGCAGGAACAAAAUUACAUCGCUCAUUUGAUAGGUUACAGUAGUUGCGUUGGACCAUAUUCUAACGGAAGAUGCAGAAGAUGUUAAAAAUUUCAAAAACCAGGAUUUUCGAUUAUAUAAAUCUGUAUAUGUAAUUAUAAAAAAUAGGGGCCUAAUCCGUUAUGCACAACGGUUACUAUAAACUAAAUUGUCGAAUUUUAAAUCGGUUACCUUCUGGUUGUUUUCGGAUAAGAGUUCAUUUAGGUUUUGAUUUUUUUUUGUAUGUACAAUAAUAUCAAUAUCAUUUAUCCCUAUUCAAUAAAAUAUCAAUUCUGUUUUAAUAAAAUAAAUCUUACCCUAUAAACAAUUCUAUUUAUU